CAGAGACAGAGAGAGAGAGAGAGAGAAUAUGCUGCAUCCAUCUGUUGAAAUAUCUGUGGAACUUCUAUAAUGUGUACCUGUAACUUUUCCAGGAGAUUUUAGUGACAUGCAAAGAUAGCCAUCAAUAAAUGAGAGGGCACUGGAUUUUUUUUUUUUUUGUCUUGAUCACUUUUAUUGUGAGAAGGUACCUCUCUGUGGAUUGUGUCUGACAGGCUAUGUAUUCAAAGAAUAUGACAUGGAAAUGCCUAUGGUGUGCAUGUAUUAUGCCUACAUUGACAUUUAUCUUCUAAAAACUUAGUAACAUUUAUGAAUAGAGAUUUGGAAAACAAGGAGUUUUACAAUUAGCAGCACAUUUCGGUGCAAUGCCUAGCAAUCUUUUAGACUCUACUUUUAGCAAUUCCAGGCAGCAUGAGGAAUGAUAGGUUUUAUUGUUAAACACAGUGGGAAGUGAUCAAUCUGCAAAAGGAGCAACACUCUAAAAGCAGGGGUGUCAAACUGCCAGCCCACGGACCAGAUGUGUCAUGCCAAAACCACGCCCACCCCAGCUCCGGCAAUGAGGAAAAAGUUGCAAUACGUCAUGACACAUCACGUGAUGUGGCGAGUUUGACACCCCUGCUCUAAAAGUCUGAAUAAAUUGAAAAACAUUCCUAUAUGAGGAAAUACGAAGUAAUUUGUUUUAUCUGGGCAGAAGCAUGGUAAAGAAAUUAAUCCCUCUUUCACCAUUAAAAGAUAUCCAUAAAAAAACUGAGGAAGAAAAAAAGAGAAAAAAUUUAGUUUUCAACAGAUUUCAUAGACUGAGAUCAUCUCUGAAUAAACUUUGAAGUCUCAAAUUUCUCAUUCUCAGUAUCUAUAACUUGACUUUCCUGGAAGAGAUCAUGGAGUGUUGUGCACAUUUCUGGAGAUACCCAAUUUUAGUUUUAAUUUUCUACUUGGUACUGAAGCCAAGUGAAUCUCAUGCUUUGAUCAGCUACAAGCCCAAUAUUGUAAUCUUAUUGGCUGAUGAUCUAGGCAUUGGGGAUCUAGGCUGCUACGGAAAUACUACAAUGAGGACUCCUAAUAUUGAUCAGUUAGCAAAAGAAGGAAUAAAACUUACUCAGCAUGUUGCUGCAGCACCCCUUUGCACACCAAGCAGAACUGCUUUCUUAACUGGAAGAUAUGCAAUCCGAUCAGGUAUGGAGGAAACCAUUGGUUAUCGUGUUCUUCAGUCACUUGCUAGUUCUGGUGGUCUUCCUCCAAAUGAGACCACAUUUGCAAAGAUAUUGCAGAGACAAGGCUACAGCACAGGUUUAAUAGGAAAGUGGCAUCAAGGCAUGAAUUGUGAAUACCGUAACGACUACUGCCAUCAUCCAUUAAAUCAUGGAUUUGAUUAUUUUUAUGGGAUGCCAUUUUCACUAAUGAAUGACUGUCAAAUCUCGCAUCUCUCUGAGUUGGAUCUGCCACAGCAGAAGAAACUCUGGCUUUAUACUCAGAUAAUUACCCUUGCUCUUCUGACCUGUGUAGCAGCAAAACUAAAUCAUCUUGUUUCUCUCAGUUGGAAAGCCAUCUUCUCUUUGGCUUUGUUUCACUUCUUCUUCUUUGUUUCCUGGUACUCAAGAUUUGGUUUUGUGAGAUAUUGGGAAUGUAUUAUAAUGAGAAACUAUGACAUUAUAGAGCAGCCAAUGAAAGUAGAAAGAGCUGCACUUCUUAUGCUAAAAGAGGCCAUUUCCUUUAUUAAAAGAAAGAAACAAGGUCCAUUUCUCCUCCUAGUUUCUUUCUUGCAUGUUCAUACACCUCUGGUUACUACAGAAAAUUUCAUUGGCAAGAGCAAUCAUGGAUUAUAUGGUGACAAUGUAGAAGAGAUGGAUUGGAUGGUGGGACAAAUUUUGGAUACUCUUGAUAAGGAAAACUUGAAAAACAGUACUCUGACAUAUUUUACUUCUGACCAUGGUGGACACUUAGAGGCUUGGGAAGAAAAUAUUCAACAAGGUGGUUGGAAUGGCAUAUACAAAGGUGGAAAAGCCAUGGGAGGUUGGGAAGGAGGAAUCCGGGUUCCAGGAUUAGUUAGAUGGACAGGAGUGCUGCCAGAGGGCAAAGAGAUUGCUGUACCAACAAGCUUAAUGGACAUCUUUUCCACAUUAGUUCAUUUGGCUGGAGAAACAGUGCCACAAGACAGGGUAAUUGAUGGCCGGAAUUUGAUGCCUUUGCUGCAUGGACUUGUUCAGCAUUCAGAGCAUGAAUUUAUGUUUCAUUACUGUGGAAUAUACUUACAUGCAGUGCGGUGGUACGAGAAGGAGAGUGGAAAUGUGUGGAAAGCCCAUUAUGUGACCCCAAUUUUCCAACCUGAAGGAUCUGGAGCCUGUUAUCCCAUUAAGUACUGUCCAUGUUCUGGAGAAGGAGUCACCCAUCAUGAUCCUCCUCUACUGUAUCAUCUCUCAAGAGACCCUAAAGAAGCCAUGCCUCUGUCAGCAGACAGUGAACCACAAUUUUACACAAUUCUGGAGAGAAUAAACAAAGCCAGAGAAGAGCAUCUCAAAACUCUCACUCCUGUCCCACAACAGCUGUCUUUCUACAACAUCAUCUGGAAACCAUGGCUCCAGCCAUGCUGUAGGUCAUUUCCAUUUUGUUAUUGUGACAAAGAAAACAAUAUGUAAUAUAGUCAUCAUUUUUGAA